GCGUGGCUACUGGGAGCGGUCAAGUGGGGCUGGGUCCAGGGGUCUGGGACCCGGCUCGGACAAAGGGGGUAGGGUCCAGGACUAAUGGCUGACCUGGUCCCUGGAUGCCCCCUCCCGCAGCUUCACGAAAAGUCUGCUGAUUAGGGAGUUAUUCCUACUUCACAGGUGAGGAAACUGAGGCUCAGAAAAGCCAGCUGCCUGAGAAUCGACCUCCAUCACCUCCAUCGUGAACGACACAGUACUAUCCAGAUCAGGAAGUUCUGGCUGAUCAGCUACUUCAAUGGAAACAUGGUCAUUGACAUCUUCACCCCGGCCCUGGGGGAUUCCAGUGAAGAUCAAGGCCAGAGAAAGAGGGAGGAGGAGCAGCUAGUCCCCCUCCCCCAGGAGUGGCCCUAUCUGUCACCUCUGGAGAAGUCACCGGCUGACGGGGUACCAUGCUGUGGGGUGCAAGCAGCCCCCUGGCUUGGCUCUCUGCUGGCCCAGGCAACGUGAACGUCAGCAGUGUGGGCUCAGCAGAGGGGACCACAGGCCCAGCUGCACCGCUGCCCUCACCCAAGGCCUGGGACGUAGUGCUGUGCAUCUCGGGCACCCUGGUGUCCUGUGAGAACGCGCUGGUGGUGGCCAUCAUUGUGGGCACUCCUGCCUUCCGUGCCCCCAUGUUCCUGCUGGUGGGCAACCUGGCCGUGGCAGACCUUCUGGCAGGCCUGGGGCUGGUCCUGCACUUUGCCGCUGUCUUCUGCAUUGGCUCAGAGGAGAUGAGCCUGGUGCUGGUUGGCGUCCUGGCGAUGGCCUUUACCGCCAGCGUUGGCAGUCUACUGGCCAUCACCGUUGAUCGCUAUCUUUCUCUGUACAACGCCCUCACCUACUACUCAGAGACAACCGUGACACGGACCUAUGUGAUGCUGGCCCUAGUGUGGGGGGGCGCGCUGGGCCUGGGGCUGCUGCCUGUGCUGGCCUGGAACUGCAGGGAUGCCCGGGCCACGUGUGGCGUGGUAUAUCCAUUCUCCAAGAACCAUCUGGUGGUCCUGGCUGUUGCCUUCUUCAUGGUGUUUGGCAUCAUGCUGCAGCUCUAUGCCCAGAUCUGCCGCAUCGUCUGCCGCCAUGCCCAGCAGAUUGCCCUCCAGCGGCACCUGCUGCCCGCCACCCACUACGUGGCCACCCGCAAGGGCAUCGCCACACUGGCCGUGGUGCUUGGCGCCUUUGCCGCCUGCUGGCUGCCCUUCGCUGUCUACUGCCUGCUGGGUGAUGCCCACUCCCUGCCCCUCUACACCUAUCUCACCCUUCUCCCUGCCACCUACAACUCCAUGAUCAACCCCAUCAUCUAUGCCUUCCGCAACCAGGACGUGCAGAAGGUGUUGUGGGCUGUCUGCUGCGGCUGUUCUUCUUCCAAGAUCCUUUUCCGAUCCCGUUCCCCCAGUGAUGUCUAGUCGCAUCCUGGUGACACUUCAGCCCUCAUCACUACAGAAUUCCAGAAUGUUAGGUCCUCCAGGACUUCAAUCCAACCCUCCAGCUCCACACCCCCAAGACCCAGCUGGUUCUGGAGUUCUAGGACAUUGGGUGUUUCACAGUAUUCUGUUCAGAUCCCUGCAGGGCCCAGCUGGCUCCAUGGUUCUAGAAUGUUCAGGUGGUCAGGGUUCCACUCAGAAAUGUCUCACAGCCUGGCUGGCUUGGAGUUCCAGAAUGCUGCUGAGUGUUUUACAGUGCCAUUCCAAGUCCCUGAUCUUUCCCCUCCCUUGACCUUGAGCAUGUCACUUUACUUUCAAGUUUCUGAGCUAAAGAGUCGGAGAGGUUAGUCACUCAGUUGCCUAGACAGGACAAAGGGAGAAAGAUUUAUCUAUAUAUAAGUGCACAAAGAGAGUAUCUAUUUAUGAUUGAUUUAUUUAUUUAUGAAUUUAUUUCUGGGUGGUAAGGGGAAAAAAAAGAGACCCACACCUUGAAAUCCAGGCCAUACCAGGGUACUCCUAGUCCCCACACCCCCAUUUCUGACCUCAGUUCCUAGAGGGGGGAAGGGAGAAAGAGAAACCACGUAUUUUGUUAUUAUUUUUGCUUAUUUUUUAUCGAAGAGAUCAUAGAAACCAGAGCCUUCUCCCCAGGCCCGCCCCCCUCGGGUUUGCAGGGGGAAUACACCAGCCUCUGGUUUUUUAUUUUUUUAAGAAGCCAUCACCUGAGCAACCGAGAAUUCCUCUGCGCUGGGGGCCGGCUGCCCUCUGGUGGCCAUUUUGGGGAAACUGCAGCCGGGACCAGACCGCGCAACCGCCCCAACUCCACUCCAGCCUGCUAUCCAGUGCCACACAACAGGGGCUUGGGACCAGGCCUCACCGUGCGGUGCCCUAGAGGAGGCAGUGCGCGAGCCAACGCCACCUGACCCCUCUGCCAACCGGGGUAUGGCUCCCAGUGCUUCCCUAUUCCUGUCCCUGACCCAACCUUCAAUAAAAAAUGAU